AUGGCGGCGGCGGUUCUUUUAUCUUUCGGGCUCUCGCGGUUUAUUAUAGAGUAUGAUGAUAAUAUUAUAAUAUUAUAGUGACGGCCGGACGCCGCCGCCGGGGAAGAAGAAUCGUCGCGGACUUUGGAUUUCGGGGUCGUUCGCGUGUCGGUUCCCGACUUACAAACACGCGUACACACGCACACACAGACACACACACGCCCGAAUACAAACAACAACAACGACGUGUGGGCUGCGAAAAAAUAAAAUGAAAACCGGGUUCACCUACACACACGACGCUUAUCGCGCCCACCGGACGCCGCAAAAUCCAUUUUUGGAUAUACCUAUACGACGACCAAUGGAUUGUACACACGGCACUACUAUGAGUCGUCGUCGUACACUUACAUCGCAUAUUAUUAUUAUUAUUAUAUUAUCUAGUCGUAUACGAUUUUAUAUUGUAAUUUAGGUACACGGUACACGCGUCUAAUACAAUAUAUAUAUAUAUAUAUAAGAAAACGGAAACUUCGCGGAGAUGACGACGGAGUGUGCGCGAGCGCGCCUUUUGUGAGACGAAACGACGUAAAAAAUGAAAAAGACUUUGUGCCGAAUCAUCGCGUCGUCGUCGUCGUCGUCGUCGUCGUUUAUAUAGAACGAAAUUUCACUCGUAUAAUAUUAUAAUAUUAUAAUCGUUUUAUAUAGAUAAUAUGUUUUCCCCUCAUACAAGCAAGAGCCAGUGUUCCGCUUGACACUCGGGCACCGUCACACCAGUGUCGUAUACAAUAUGGGUUUAUUGUUCACGAUUGUCGUUUAUAAUAAAAUAUCAUACGAAAUAAUAUUACACAAUAUGCCCAGGCUCCAGGUACUCGACACUUUGUCCGUUUUCAAAAGAGGAGGGAAUACGAUAAUAAUAUUACGAUGCCCGGCGCGAUGACCAUAUGGCCGCGCGGACUUUUAAAACGCGCGGUUAUAAUUCCAACGGUUAAUUAUUUAUUUUAUUUAUUUCCAAACACGUCGUAAACUCCGUCGAUAAUAUACAUUAUUCGUUUACGUCUAAUAUAAUAUUAGUUAACGUUUGCAUAUAUAUACGCGCGGGCUUAAGGGGGGCGGGAAUAUACCCCUCCUGGAAUCGUUUAUUUCAUAUUCAACCCGAAGCGAUUUUCUCUGAUUUGUUUUUCUUCUCGCGUCGGUCUUCAGCUCUAUAUUCUUCAUUUGCUUUCCCAAAAAGCAGUGUUUCGUAUCGCCUUGUCUGAAAUGUUGGCUGUUAAAGUCUAGUGAACAUUUAAAAAUAUAUUUUUAAAAGAAAAUUAGUAUGAAACUAGUAUGAAUUUAUAGUUUGUACCUCUAUUUAAAAUAAUAAUAAUAUUAAUGUUAAUAAUUUCAUUGAUAAUAUUAUAUAUUAUCAUAUUAUGUUUUUAUCGACUAAAUCAACAACCGAAACUAUGAAAAUGUAACUAUAUGGACGGACGGCCACAUCGGGUAUAUAAUAUUAUGCAGUGGCGUAUUAACGGGGUGGGGGACAGUUUUCAAAAUAUUUAAUUAAUACCGUGAAUUUGUUUUGUUAUCGAUUCGGUACCAAACAUGGUUUAAAAUUACUGAGUUAUUGGUUACUAAACAAACGCUCUACUGUUAUAAAAAUUAAUUAAUUAUAUUUACAAUCAGUUGAAUGGAAUAGUUCUUUUGUAGAAUUACAAAUUUGGAAAGUUAAAAUAAACAAUGGAUAUGUCAAUACUAAAAGUGAAUUAGACGCACUUGUGAACUGUUUGAAGACGGAUUAUAAAUUUUCCAAGCAUACAUUUUUUAAUUCAAAUUUUUUGUACAUUGCCAGUAUCUACAGCUGCUCCAGAAAGAUGUUUUUCAACCUUAAAAAGACUACAAAAUUAUGUAUUUAGGAAAUAUUUACUGUAAGAUUUACAACCUUACUAUAUUUGAAAUUUUUUUUGUCUUUAGGAUAGGCUAAAUGGACUGGCAUUGAUGUCAAUUCAUCGGGACAUACCCCUCAAUGUGGACGCUAUUAUUGACGAAAUGGCGCUUAGUCCUAGCCGAUUAGAUUUUGUUUUGUAA